CAGAGUAGGACGGCGCUGUUGCUUUCAGUCGCCAAGCCGUCAGAAACGUUUUCGUCUCUCCUACGGCGAAACGCGUGUACAUGCGCGACUAGAAGGAAAAAAAACAACAUUCUGCGCGUUUAAACCGAUAGGAGCGCUCAGAAAGGCGUUUUUAAUCACGCGCUGAUCGCUCUGAGGAGCACACACAAGUUUCCUCAUCAUUGCUUCCCUGGACUUUACUUUUUUUACUCGCUUUUUUUUUUUUACUUCUGAAGCGGAGCGCUGCCUGCGCGACAGCCCGAGGACCCGGCGUUGACAUCUGCUGCUCGGGUCGCUGCCCUCCCUGCGCGUUCGCCGCAUGUCAAGGAAAUGGCAGCAGCACUCAGUGGACGAAACCCAGGGGGUCGUGGACAAAACCCGCGGAAAGGUCGAAUUUUGGGCAUCAUUGAUGCGAUCCAAGAUGCCGUCGGGCCCCCGAAACAGGCUGCUGCCGAUCGAAGGACCGUGGAGAAGACCUGGAAACUCAUGGACAAAGUGGUGAGGCUGUGUCAAAACCCAAGGCUGCAACUGAAGAACAGUCCUCCGUACAUUCUGGACAUUUUGCCCGACACUUACCAGCAUCUGCGGCUCAUACUCGGCAAGUACGAGGAAAACCAGCGGCUGGCCCAGCUCAGCGAGAACGAGUACUUCAAGAUCUACAUCGAUAGCCUGAUGAAAAAGUCCAAACGAGCCAUCCGCCUGUUCAAGGAGGGCAAGGAGAGGAUGUAUGAGGAGCAGUCACAAGACAGGCGGAACCUCACCAAGCUCUCCCUGAUCUUCAGCCACAUGCUGGCUGAGAUCAAGGCCAUCUUCCCAAGCGGCCAGUUCCAGGGGGAUACCUUUCGCAUCACAAAGGCAGAUGCUGCCGAGUUCUGGAGGAGAUUCUUUGGUGAAAAGACUAUUGUGCCAUGGAAGGUCUUCCGGCAGUACUUGCAGGAAGUGCAUCCCAUCACGUCCGGCCUGGAGGCCAUGGCCCUCAAGUCCACCAUUGAUUUGACCUGCAAUGACUACAUCUCCGUUUUUGAAUUCGAUAUCUUCACGAGACUCUUCCAGCCCUGGGGCUCCAUCCUGAGGAACUGGAACUUCCUGGCUGUGACUCACCCCGGCUACAUGGCCUUCCUGACCUAUGACGAGGUGAAGGCGCGACUACUCAAGUACAUCAACAAGCCUGGCAGCUACAUCUUCAGGCUAAGCUGCACCCGCCUGGGCCAGUGGGCCAUCGGCUACGUGACCAACGAUGGCAACAUCCUGCAGACCAUCCCACACAACAAGCCCCUGUUCCAGGCUCUCAUUGACGGCUGUAGGGAGGGCUUUUACCUGUUCCCCGAUGGACGCAGUUACAACCCGGAUCUUACAGGUCUGUGCGAGCCCACUCCUCACGACCACAUCAAAGUCACGCAGGAGCAAUAUGAGCUCUACUGCGAGAUGGGGUCCACCUUCCAGCUGUGCAAGAUCUGUGCGGAGAAUGACAAGGACGUGAAGAUCGAGCCUUGUGGACACCUCAUGUGCACGUCCUGUCUCACGGCAUGGCAGGAGUCAGAUGGUCAGGGCUGCCCGUUCUGCCGCUGUGAGAUCAAGGGCACGGAGCCGAUCAUCGUGGACCCUUUCGACCCACGCAACGAAGGCGCCAAGUGCAUCUUCAUGGACCAUUUCACCUCGCCCAUGUUGGACCUGGAUGACGACGACGACCGCGAGGAGCCACUGCUUGGCCUGGUGUCCGUGCGCAAGUCUGCAGACCGUCAGAACUCUCCAGUGAUGUCGCCAAACUCGUCACCGCUGGCCCAGCGAAGGAAGCCCCUCCAGGACCCUGCAAACAUCCAGCAUCUGAGCCUGCCGCCUGUGCCCCCUCGACUGGACCUCAUCCAGAAGGGUGCGAUCCGCUCCCCGUCAGCCAGCCCCACCGGCUCCCCCAAGUCAUCUCCCGGGAUGCCCAGGAAGCAGGAUAAGCCCCUUCCGGCUCCUCCGCCCCCACAGAGGGACCCGCCUCCACCGCCACCCCCUGAGAGGCCGCCUCCCAUGGCCCUGGACAGCCGUGUUGCCUGGGGCCCCACUCCCGCUACAGGCUUGCCCAGAGACCCUCAGCUGCCCCCUGAAGCCUGGUGUCCCAAAGAGAGCCCCCUGACAGAAUGCCGGAUCGGCACCGACCGCUCCCCCAAGCUGGGCCACUCCGCUCCCUCCCACUUGAACGGACGGCUCCACCCCCGCUCAGAUGGCCCUAGUGACGUGGGCAAGCCCUUCCCCAACGGCCUGCUGACCUGUGAGGAGUACGACGUCCCCCCCUUGCGGCACUCCCCUCCCCCGCCUGCCCACACCAGCGGCCCAAAGAACCCCAACCCCUUCACGAACCCCAUCAUCGAGAGGCCCCGCGCCGUGAUGGACCGUGAGGAAGAUGAGUACCAGAUCCCCUCGUCCCACCCCAUGGUGCUGACCCAACCCCCGGUCUGCAUCUCUGUCCACAUCCCUACCAGGAGCCUAGAGAACAGCCCGUUCAUCAACGGCUCCUCAGAGCACUGUACAGAGGGACAGCGUCUCAAGGCCUUGGAGAGUGGUGCUCACUUUGAGUGUGUGCCGUCACAUGCGGCCCUCUUGCCCCUUCAGCACAGGACGCCCUCAGACUACGACAUUCUACUGCCCCCUACAGCAGCGGAGGACCUCUUCAACAACCUGCCUCCAUCACAGCCGCCGCCUCCCCCUCCGCCCAUCCGCCACAGUUUGUCAGAUCUGUCUUCGUCGCCAUCCUGCACCCGGGCCCCCCGUCCCGCUUCGGACCCUGACCCGUUCCUUCUGCACACUGAUCACUUUCCGGACUUACUGAGCGGGACGCCGCAGCCCCCAGUAAGGAGGCAGACGGGGGACAACAUGAAGCCGCCGUCACGAGGCUGCCAAGAGUACGACCAGCUCCCACCCAACAAAGUGGCAGCUGACAGCGUACAGGCACCGGCCCGGCCGCCUAAGCCCAAGCCGCGAAGGACCCCUCCGGAAGUCCAUCAGAGGAAGGUGCAGAGCCAGGAGCCAGGCGGAGAAAACGUGGAUGCAAAGAUCGCCAAGCUGAUGGGCGAGGGUUACUCCUUCGAGGACGUGAAGCGGGCUUUGAUGAUUGCCCAGAACAAGGUGGACGUGGCCAGGAACAUCCUGAGAGAGUUUGCGCUGGUGGCCCCCCGUCUGAACCUGUGAGCCUCCCGAGAGCCAAGCGGGGCGUCCGGUGCGCACUGGUGCCAUCAGAGGCGAGGAGAAUCCAUGCAGCUGUCCGGCGUGGACCUUGAGCUGCGCAAAGCUAGUUGGCCCCGGCUUUACAGAGGGGCCAUACUGUGGGGGUGGGAUGGGGGAUGCCUGUGAAAAAUCGUUGUUUACAGUGAGCCGCUGGCUAUUUGUUGCUGCCGUGUGGUGAGCUUGCUGGUGCCGGCGCACCGUCUCACUCCUCUUCUGCUGCUGGUGCUGCCUUAAGGCCCCGGCCUCUGCAUGCGAGGUGCCGGGGUCGCCUAUGGGCUCCAUCAUAUCCGUAGUGUCCUUCGUAAUGUUACUUAAUCUUUCUACGCUUUAAAUGAGCGCAACGAUGUGUCGAUGAGGCUGCCCCAAGAGUACGGAGGACCGGCAGGAAAGAGCUGUAAUGCACGUGGCCUUCACUACUGAAUCUGGAGUGUUUUCUCGGCAAACACAAGACAAGCUCUGCUCUGAACGCAGAGCGCACCAUCUCGUCAGAAACCUUUCACUCCUCUCCCUUUUCGUCACACGACGUUUACUUGAGCAGCUUCCGGGGUCAUUUUUGCUGCUUUUUCCUUUGACGAGUAAAACGCUUUACAUUUGCAGAAUGCGAAUCCUCCAAAAGCCUGUUUCCUCGUGUCUGCGAUGCAUCGCUCGAGCGACCCGCGAGACCGUGUUCUCUCGGCAAGACGCGCUUCGCCGAGGAAGACGCAGGGACUGCUGUCUGCGGAGGAAUUCCUGGGCUCCAUUGGGAUGGUCACCCUCACCAACGUAGGAUGUGGAUCAGCCAGACGUGCUGCGGUUGGUUCUCCGGCAACCGUUUCUGAAUGUACCAGGGAAGAAGAGCGAACCACUCGUCAACCCCACAUUUCUCUGAAUGUAUUAUGGGGAAAAAAAAGAAAGGUGUUGGGUGGCCAUUUUUCCAUGUCAUUUCAGCUGAAGCACCAAACUGCAGUGUGGUUCGUGUUGUCAAUGUUCUAUUUAUAAAACCUUCUCUGACUCUGUGUGUGGAGAAGAUAGAUGCAGUGAAAUGGGUCGUGUGCUUCAAGUGCCAAAAUUGGGAGCAGAUAAUGAGAACAGUUUUCAUUUUGCAGUCGACUGGUUUUGUUUUGGAAGGGAAACGUUUGGAUGCACAGUGGUUACGCUGGGAUUUGGGAGGCGGAAGUGGCUUCUCGGGGCCACGUGAGCUGUACAGCUGGUUAAACCGCUGUAGAUUUGGAAGGAGACGAGAAGCGAAUCCCACUGGACAGGUACAGAGGACUGCUGUGUGCAGUGAUGGGAUACCGCCGUUAGCCUUUUCAACACGGGGUGCAGGUCUCUGUAAAGAACGUUUACACUUUCUCUUUGGUGUCCUACAGUUUCUCAAUCAAAGUAAAGAAUGCACAUAUUUAAUAUUCUCUAGUUUGUCAUUUCUGUGGACCUGUGUUUACCUUCGCAAACUAUUCCAAAUACCGCAGCGUUUAUUUCGAUCAAGAUUUUUCCAGCUCGUUUUUCCCUUAGCCGUGGAUUAGGCGGGCGAGCGGCGGAGAACCUGGACCUAAUGCUCAUGUGAGCGGAGCUUCACCGUCAACUCACCUGCACCUAUUUAUUACGUGGACUUUGCUCUGUUGCCAUACCAUUUGCAUUUGGACUCCUGCGUUCAGGUUUAUAGCGGUAACUUAAAGGUUUAUUUUGCACUGGUCCGUUGUUUUGUCUUAAACUUGAAAGUGUGAAAUUGAUGGUGGCUUUUCUGCUCCAUCCGGCCUUCAAGAAGUGGGUGGCCUACUUCAGGUUACAGCAAGUCUGUUCUUAUUCUUUUUCCAAUUUCUUUUUUGUAAGGAUUUUUUUUUUGGUCAGAAAUGAUGCCUUGUGUAACAUGUAAAACAGUGACGUGUGCAAUUAAUUUAUACUUUAUUAAAGCCUUCUCUUGGUAUUUUUUCAUUGUUCAGUAAUUAACCUUCUCCCCAUUAUUGUGAGGAAAAGUUUAUA